AUGAUAAAUCAUUUUUGAAUUUAUGGUACCGCGCUUUGAGGGGCUGUGCGUAGUAAUAGCCAAUUGUGCUUGCGAAUUUGGCGCCGAGGACUGAGCAUCCACAAAUGUAGUCACCCGAAGAAUGUGUUCGAAAGUGCGAGCUACCGAAGAUUUACCGACCGCAACGCGCAACGCGCUACCCAUAUAGUGAGUGCAUCGACCUCUGAUCACGACAUACUCUAUUCAUGACCAUAAUCUGUCUUUGACACGUUGGCCAAAUCGUAUCUCUCACAAUGAUCAAGCCGAAUGAAAGGUUCAUGUCUGAGGGGCAGGGUUAUUUUGGUUCACGAGAAGACCCCAACACUGAAACACAUUGCAACGUGUGGGACUGGGACCAGCUCUGCAUGAUAAAGCUGAAGGGGACAGCGAAGCUCUUUCCGCCCAAUGAAGACGUCGAGGUCCCAAUACUGGCACGAAUGGCCGAUCUCCUAUCUCCUGAAAUCCGUGCGGUCACAGUGAACGAUGAAGGGCUCAUUGUCGAAACAUCGAGAGAUCCAGAGGAGGACGAUACGAUGUUCAUUGGUUAUCUUCCCCUCUCCUCUUACAAGUUCCUUCAUGGAUGCCGUCAAAUACAGUAUUCCAAACUAAAAGAACUCGAUCGCCUUGGGCCUGGCGUAGACCUGUGUUCAUACCACGACGAAUCCGGAACUCUCGAAAAGGUCGUCUUCAAGUUCAAUCCCAUUGGGAAGGAUUUGCGGUUGAACAUGGCAUGGAAUGAGAUUAAUCUUCUUGCGACUCUGUCAACCCACCCAAAUAUUGUACCAUUUGAUCGCGUGGUGCUCGAUGAUGUUGAAUCGCGUGUGGUCGGCUUUACAGUGAAAUACAUACCUGGAGGGACUCUGGAGAAUCCAAAGAUACCAUUUCGCUUCGAGUGGUUGAAACAACUCACCGAGCUUGUUGAUUAUCUCAACCUGGACUGGGGAGUCAUGCAUCAAGAUAUUGCACCUCGGAACCUGCUCAUCGAUCCCGAGACACAGAAGCUCCUCCUCUUUGACUUCAACUGGGCUGUGUGUGAUACAGAGGACCUAUCAUCUGGGCGGGACGAUGUGACUGGUGUCAUAUUUACGCUAUAUGAGCUUAUCACAAACGAUACGCACUUCACAAGCAUCGCUCAUUGGGAGCGCAAUGUGGAUGUAGUUCAACACAUGACGGACUGGCCUUGCAAGCGCGAACUUGAUGCUGACGUAACGACGUUACGCAAGUUCCUGGACGAAUGGGUUGCAACCAGAAGAUCUCCUGGCGACCUUGAACGAUUUCUCAAUGCACCAAACCAACUUGAAUUGUCAAAGCGACCGAACCCUCCCGACUACAAUGUCCCUUUUCCGUGUGGAACGACACUCGAGGGUGAAACGGCGUGGUCGACAGGCCCGCGAGGUGUGCAGGAUGCAAUUGGAAUAGGUCAAUUUGUUUUUCGCUGGCAAAGACCGCCACAGAGUAGGUUGAAAGGGCCAGAUAUCUAAUCAUGAUAAUAAGCAACAUGGCUGUAUUUUUCGAUUCAUACUAGAGAGAACGAUUUAUGUCGUAUAUAGCAGGGAUUACGCUGCAGGCGAGCCUUAUCUGCUAUUACCGCGUAGCUCCUACAUAGCAAUAA